AAGGAAGCCGUCACAAGCAGGUAGUCCUUCUGAGCAGCCACCCUGAUUUCCUCAUACGAUUACCUCGAACUACAAAUACAAGUCCUCCACACCGUUGUCCCAGGACCGUCGAGAGCUUUACCGAAUGAAGGGAUCCCUCACCUACGGCAAGCUUCACCAAGUACGAAGCGGUGCUACUGGAAAUCUCCUACAUAUCGUGGUCAGAAAGCCGUUCUACUUCCCCCGAAUGUGCUCCAUGUGUUUGAUAAUUGGCUUUGUCGGGAUGCCUCCUGGCCCGCUGCGACAGAAUCCCGAAUGCCCAAAAAGCAACGACUGGAGCUGUAUACAAUCCCGCGUCUGAGCCCCCGCAUCUCGCCCAUAUUCCAACUUCCUCUGUGUGCUUGCCAAGCUCUGACUCUCAGUGUGUCCACAUACAGGAACAUCUCCCAUCCCCUGCAUAACGGCCGCCUCGAAUUAGUCUCCAUCCGACACAGGCUUCUCCGUCUCCCUUGCCUAGACCGCCUCAGAUCCCUCAUAAUCCUUGUCCGAAUCGUGAACUUUCCGCCCGGUAGUUUGAGAUUUGCAGCUCAAGGUGAUCUGGAGUAUGCUGAGAGAACAGCUGGGAAAGCCGCUGGGGGUCGUUUGGCGAGACAUGUAGAGGGCCAUGUGGAGAGAUGUUUCGAGAGCCGUUUAGAUGAACACUUGGAGAGCACUGGGAAAGCCGUUGGGAUGGACAUUUGGCGACCCGCUGGGAGAGCCAUUUGGAAAGCUGCUAGGAUAGACAUUUGGCGACCCGCUUGGGUGACCGCACGUCGCCCGUAGGACAGGAACUAGUAGUAGCACAUCCUGUCUGCAAGCAUGACGUGCUUAGCUUGAACAAAUGGCGCCGAAUUACUAGAUUCAUACGACGCCAAUACCACUUACCUC